AUCGGAUCUUCUGCUCGGUGUGUUCUGCAUGCCCUUCACUCUCCUGGGUCAGAUUCUCAAGAAUUUCGUUUUCGGUCUCAUGAUGUGCAAGCUGAUACCGUAUUUUCAAGCUGUAUCAGUGUCGGUGGGUGUCUGGACGCUGGUUGCCAUUUCGCUCGAGCGCUACUUUGCAAUUUGCCGGCCAUUAAAAUCUAGACGAUGGCAGACACAGUUUCACGCUUACAAAAUGAUUGCUGUUGUGUGGACUCUCAGUCUCACAUGGAACGCGCCGAUCCUCGUCGUGUCCCAAUUAAAGAGCUUAAGCGGAGGAAGGCAUAAGUGUCGCGAGAAUUGGCCAAGCGUCGGCACUGAAAGGGCGUACAAUCUCUUCCUGGACGGUACGCUGCUCCUGAUACCGUUGCUGCUCAUGAGUCUGGCUUACUCGCUGAUAGCGAUAAAACUUUGGCGCGGUCUGAAGCUCGAGAUACGACAGUCAUCGACGUGUACCAGAAGACUCGGAAGAACGGAAUCUAACGCAACGUUUCGGGGUUCAAAUUACAACAACAAUAAUGAUCGAGAUGCAAGAACGACGAUGGUAUUUGAUUCUUGCGGCCCGACUUCGAGAUCGCGGCGGGGCUUUUCGUCUUCCUCGAGACACUUCCAAGGCGCUUCUCAAGGUGUACCAUCUAGGGUGCGGUUACCACGGACGGUCGUCUCCAGGGUGCUUACCGGCAAGUGUCACAGUACAGAUUUGUCCCAGGCAUCCCGGAUUCAGAUACGAGCGAACGGAAGUGGCUGCUUAAGGCGAGACGCGAAGGAUAUCGCGAACGAGGAUCAACAAGACUCACCCUGUCCGCUCACCAGGCAACACGUGAUACGCAGUAAUUACAUGGGGAAGAGCAUCGAGGCGAAGAAGAAGGUGAUCAGAAUGCUCUUCGUGAUAGUCCUCGAGUUUUUCGUGUGCUGGGCGCCGUUGCACGUGAUCAAUACGUGGUACCUGUUCGCGCCCGAACUGGUGUACUCGGUCGUCGGUAGCACCGGCAUUAGUCUGGUGCAGCUGCUAGCCUACGUCUCGAGCUGCUGCAAUCCCAUCACGUACUGUUUCAUGAACAGAAAAUUUCGCCAGGCGUUCCUCGGCCUCUUCGACUGCCACCGCUGUUGGAGGGUAGGUUGCAGACACAGCGACAUCGCAAUGGCGACCACCGGGCAUGCCGGGCAAGUUGGCAAUAACAGCGAGUUAAGUGUAAACGACUCAACAGUGUAUCUAGGCAAAGCGUCUCUCGUCGCCAGAUCAGAGGUGGUGCGGUUGCUGGAGGAGGAAGAUCGCGUCUAGUAUAAGUCGUGCGGAUUAUGCGACGUGGCGGCACGACCGAAUGUAUCUCUGUUCCAACCCCGCGAGAAGGAGGACUUUUUUCUGAAAAUAUCCUGGCGACCACCCGUCGACAGAAUCGCUUGUCGCGCAGACGGCAAGGAACCCGCGCAUGCUGGCCCGUCUCAUUGCUCAUCGAGAUCUUCCUGCGUGGACAAUCUCAACUUCCUUUACGGUUGACUGAAGUGAAACGUUGACGUGAUUCCCAAUGUUCUGUGACGUAUGUAUGUUUGGCCUAACAGAAACUUCAGAUCUCAUUUUUUAAUAGUUUCAGUUAGUUCAUAAAAAUCAGAAUGCAUCUGUAUUAAGAAAAAAAAACGCGUUGCGUCUUUUCGAAUUCGCGUCGAAAGUUAUUUUUGUAUUCUGCGUCGAAUUGAAUCGUUCCGUGCGGCUAACAAUUUAAAAAAUUAGCAUUUUUGUACACAUUAAUCGAUGAAUAAUGAAUAGAGAAGUUCGUCUUACAAACAUGUUAAUAAUUCUAUACGUGUAAAAAAAAAUUAAUUUAUCAAACGUGUUAUAUAUACCUUAGCAAACUUGUAAAAUUGUUCAAAUUAUUACUUGUCAGUAGAUCGUUAAUUAUAAUGAAUCAAUAUAUAUAUCCGUAACAACGAUAAUCUACUCCAAAGUGAUAGACGCAAAUAUAUUUAAAAUUGUAUUUUUGCAUCGCAAUUUUUUCUUAUCUUAUCCCUUAAGUAUGAUGAUAAUACGAUAACGCUACAAAUAUUCGCGAUAUCGUAAAAAAAUGCCGUUUUCAGAGAAUUAAUAAUUAAGCUAAUUUUACGAGAUAAUGUAUGUCUUAUACGUUUGCAUUAAAAAAAAAUAACAAAACGCUUUGGGCACUUUCGCAGGCGAGCUCUUAAACUCGGAGCCGUAAAAUAUAUAUUUAUCCAGUAAACACAGUUUUAUGCGCGAAAGCACAAACACAGUUAUGCCAUUUCUGCUUAACGCUUGCUCAUUUAUGUUACUUACGCCAAUUUCGAGAGAUGAUUUUAUAUUUCAUGUUCGCGCGUAACCAGAUUACUAGAUAUUUUACAUUUAUUGCAAUUCCAGCAUAGACGACGUUUAAUUCAAUUUCCAUGGGUUUCCCGGCGAAAACGGCAUAAUUUUGCAUUCCGAGAAAUGCUUUGGCGCGUGGCGUUCAAGAAUUUUUGAUAAGGUGCAUUACUCAACGUAAUUCAUAUAGAAAUAUGCCGCAUGAUAUGUAGUUCCCAUAUCUUUCAUCGUGCAUAUCUUUGAUACACCUGUUGCAUACGAUUCAUGGAUCUGUCAGAGAAUAACCCUUAAAUGAUAGCAUGAAGUAUACGACCGCAUUACUUGGUCGCAUGACGCAUCAAAGCUGUACUCGCUGCUCUCUCAUAUUUAUAUGAUGAUACUUCAAUGCAUUACUGUUUAUUGUUCCUGUAAUGCAGGCGUUUCUCGUGCAAAUCCAUAUUGUAUUGAUUCCAUGAAUCGUAGCGUUCUAAAAUGUACUUCACUUCUAUUAAAUUUAUCGCUAUUAUGCUUCAACGUACGUUUUAAAAUAUAUUAACAAAAUAUUGUAUAGUAAAAAAUAUUUCGUUAUCUAAAUAUCAGAUUUCGUUAAAUUUACGAAAUGGUAAGGAAUGUAUUAGAGAUAAGGGACAAAUUUUUAAACGAUGCAUUCAUCGAAUAACUGUGUUUGCUUCGAUACAUUUUUAAAUCAAUUUUAUAUAAUGUUUUAACUGUAACAUAUGUUAUUUACUUAUCAAAAGGAUUUAGAAAGAUUUAUCGUAUCUUAUAAGUACGUUUCUUUACAAAGCUACCGCGUGCGCUCGUUACAUUACAUAUAAGAGGAUAAAGAAUACUGCGUAAAUUAUAUAAUUACAUAAGAUAAACGUCGCAGCUCAGCAGCAUUAUAAAAUAAUUAUUCGCCCAAAAAUGCAGAUUACAUUGUAAGUAAUAAAAUAAACCCCACGACGUUCUACAUUCCUCUGAAAUAUUUAAGAAACAUUCGAAAGUUCUUCUUGCGAAAUGUGUUACGAAAUAAAUAAGAUUUGAUCGACUUUACAGAUAGACACUGUGCAGAGAUGUUUAAUAAACU